UUAUCUAAGUUAGUAUCUUGGAUAAUAUCACUGAAAUGUGAUUAUUGGUAAGAAAUAAAUAAAGAAAGAAAGAAAGAACAAAGAAACAAAAAGAAAGGAAUUGUUUUGAUUAGUUUAUAUCUGUAACUUUCGACCCAGCGAAAUUUUCCGAUGGAAUGUUUUUUUGAAAUAAUUUAAUUUGUUUUUUUUUUUUUGUGAAGUUAUAUAAAAUGAUAAUAAAAUUAAAUAAACAUUAAAAUUCAUCGAUAAUUGUCAGCUGAUCCAGUUAAUAUUAUGUUAUUCCUUGUAAUAUAAUGGAGUAUUUUUGAUUGGAUUAAUCGUUAUGUACAUAAGUUAUGUAAACAUAAUCAUACAUGAUGCAAGCUUCAUCAGCAGCAACUCCUCGAAAAUUUCCUGCUUUCGUCUUUCCUACAGAUCUUAAAUUCUAUCUAGAGGAUCAGUCUAGUCAUAAACAAAUUUUGACUUUAUAUAAUCCAUAUGAUUUUCCAAUUAAAUUUAAAGUGCUUUGUACCGCUCCAAAUAAAUACAAAGUUGUUGAUCCGGAAGGAACGAUAAAGGCAAAAUGUUGUGUUGACCUUGUUGUAAGACAUACGGCUCUCUUAAUUAGUAAUUGCAAUGUGACCGAUAAAUUUAGAGUGCAUAUGCAAGAACAUCCGAAUAAACAAGCAACAGGUAAACGAGAUGUCGAAGCUACACUUUUACCUGGAGUCGCACCGAUUGUUGAAAGAGCGACUCCAGAUCCAGAAACGUUUCAACAACUUCCAAUAAAUGGAGCUAGGCAACAACAAUCAUAUUCGCUUAUAACCCAAAAUAGGACAAUUAAUAACACUUCACUCAAGAUACAUAAAAAUUUAUCACUAUUGAAGUAUGAUUUACUUGAUGGAGAAAUUCAAGAUAAAAUCAUAAAUAUGAAAAAUGCCAAUUAUAUCAUUAAGGAUAAAGGUGGAACAAACUAUGUAGCAGUUAUCGCAGGAAUUGUUUGCAUAGCUGGACUACUCUUGCCUACGGAAGGAGAAGCUAGACCCUCAGUGCCUGAUUACCUCCAUCUUUCCAUUAAUUUUAAAUUAAUAUUUUCCUUUGUAUUAGGUAUGGUAACAAUGAUAACCUUUAGGUUGUAAUUUGUGGCUGCUUAUAUAAAGACAAAGACAAAAAAAAGACUUUAUACAAUUAAUAGAAUUAUGGGGUGAAAGCACAAUUAAUGCAUAUUUUUGUUUCUUUUUCAUAUAUUUGAUGUCUUGUUUUUUUUUAACUAUAUGUAUGGCCUAGGCUACAAGUAUUAUGUAGCUAGCCUAUUUUUUGAGCACUUUCGAAAAUUUAAUAUAAUUUUUUUUUACUUUUUUUUAAAUGAUUUUUCUUUUCAUUAAUUACAAUAAUCUCAUUGUAAUUAAUUAUUUUUAAUCAAUAAUCACAUAAAUAUUAAGUAUAUAUAUGUGAUAUAUCGCCAAUCCUUUUGUAUGUAUCGAUAAGAAAUUUGCUUUAGUCGAAAUAAUCUAGUUUUGCAGCUUAAGGAUUCUUCUACGUGCUCUAAUCUAUAAUCAUUUUAAUAAUAAUACAUUCUAAAAAAUAUGAUCUCAUAUACAUAUAUGUAAAUAUAUCUUCCUAUGUUCAGUAGGUUGCCAUUUUAAAAUUCUUAAUAAAAAGAAUUAUAUAAAAUGUCAA